UGGAUAAUUCGAGAAAAAUGCAAAACUAAAACUAGAUAUCGGGGCUGAAAAAAAUAAAAAAAUAAAAAAAAACCUAAAUAUCGGGAUCAAAAUAACGUGAAAAAUUCCAACAAACCAAAAACGUCAUAUUUUUAUUUUCCUUAAAACUCCUAUUCCAUAUCUUCAACGAAACACACAAAGUCAGAAAGAGACUCAGAGGAGAGCAGAAAAAUGGCGGUUUUCGUUUGCCAUAAAGCUGUGACAGUGGUAGUGGUGGCCAAGUCCCAAUCUCAAAACCCAAGCCCUAACUUCUCCAGCUCCCUCAGCUUCCGCCAUAGCCAAAAGCUUACACCUUCAUUAUUCAACGCCCUCCCUCUACGUCGUCGUUUAGUCGUCGUCAAUGGACAUAACGAGGGCUCAAAUUCCGACCUAGACAAACCACAAGACCAGGAAGUGGACAAUUUGGGCGUUAGAGCUGCUUUGUCAAUUCUAAAAUUCUACAAAGGAGAAAUCUCACCGCUGUUGCCCAAGAGUUGUCGUUACGUUCCAACGUGUAGUGAGUAUUCCAUGGAAGCUUACAAGAAAUAUGGAGUUGUUAAGGGCACCAUUUUGACUACUUGGCGUCUCUGUCGUUGUAAUCCCCUUGGUGGGUCUGGAUUUGAUCCUCCACGAUGGUUUGGUGAGACGAGUUUACCUGAAGAAUAGCUCUACUUCAAUUUCCUUAUUGACAAAACAAAUAGUACAGUCAAAAUUGAGGUUGUAGUGCUAGUUUGUACAUUCCUUUUAUUUGUUUUUAAAGCUGUGUAAUUGUCUGAUAUAAAUAUUGAUGUACAUAAAUUCACACAUGUUAUGUUUUAUAUUGCAUUUUUAGCUUUUCAUAAG